AUGGAUCAUAUGAAACGAACAUUAAAUUUUAGUCAAUUAUCCGAAGAAAAUACAAAGAAAUUACGAAAUGAGUUAUUGGAUGAAUUAAGAAUAUCUUCUAUUGAAAAUUUAUCGAAUGAAUUAUUCCAUGAAAUAUUUGAUUAUCUUGAUGGUAUUGACAUAUAUCUAGCAUUUUCAAAUCUUAAUCAUCGUUUUCAACAACUCCUUACAUCUUCAUCUAUUCUAUAUAAAAUUGAACUCAUUCAUAAAAGUUCGAAAGAAAUAUUUAUGCUUAUUUAUGAACAAAAUAAGCAUAAAAUAUAUUCCAUUAAUUUUCAAAUACCAGUCUAUAUUAAUCAAUUAUUAACAUCGUUUAUUAUAGAUUCUUCAUUUAAUCAUCUUCAAUCACUUGUUAUUGAAGAUAUUCAACCAGAUAAACUUAUUUCAUUUCUUAUUACUUUAAAGUCUUUACCACAACUUUUCUUAUUAGAUAU